CUCCCUCUCUCUCGGCCAUCACAACUACGCCAAGAUGAAACUGAUCGUUUUAUCUCUGUUGGCAGCAACAUGCUCCGCGGCUCCGCAGCUUUAUCAGACGGUGGCAGGAACUGUGGCCAGUCCACAGUGGAACCUUCCGGCUGUUAUGAAGAUUCCUGAACCAGGUGUAAACUUGGGAAUGGUAUUAACCGCCCCUGCCCCUGUCCCUGUUGUGAAGGCCGCCCCUGUCCCUGUCCCUGUUGUGAAGGCCGCCCCUUCCCUUACCGUCGUUGAAGCUGCCCCUGUAGCUGUGGCCCUGUUGCCCCGCUGGUCAAGAGUGCAGCCAUUGUGGCUCCUGCUGCCCCUGUGGCAGUCGCCCCUGUGGUCAAGAGCGCUGUCCCCGUCACUGUGGUGGCAGCGCCUGAGCCCCUCAUGGCCCCUGAACCCCCCAUGCCCUCCCUCAGCGUCCCUCACGUGGGAGGCCAAUUCCACGCCCAGGACGAGGGCCGGCCAGUACACCUUCGGCCACUACGGCGGCCCCAAACACCCGCGUGGAGACCAGGGACUCUUUGGGUCGUACCGGCAGCUUCGCCUACGUGGACCCCGGGGACGUCCAGAGGCCGAGCGCGACCGACCGGCCUUCGAGAGACGCGGGAGACGGUGCAGGGGCUACGAGUGCAGAUGCUUUCGUCAACACUAUCACGAGCAUUUUGAUGACUGUUGCAGUGUCAUGUGUCAUGUGAUUAACUCUCAUCUCUCAUUAACUGUGUCAUCUCUGUGUCCCCUCUCAUCAACUGUGUCAUCUCUCAUAUUUCAUGACAUGAUACGAGCCUUUUCUCUCGGAAACUUUCGGCAAAAUGCUAAAGUUCGUGUGGCCGUUAAGGUGCAAAGCAGGGCGUGGUCAGGGAGGUGA